AUGAAAAUUACAGAAGAAUUUAAUAAUCCAUCAAAUAUCUCUAUCGAACAAGAUUUACAACCGUUUAUUAAUGAUAUUUCAAUUACUUUAUCAAAAAGACAAUCACUUCUUCUCAAUCAUAUUAAUAUUAACACAAAAUGGAAACAACAUGGAAUUACUAUCGCCGGAGGAAAUGGAAAAGGCAAUCAAUUAAAUCAACUCAAUAGUCCCGAAGGUAUCUACGUUGAUGAUGAUCAUCAAACUCUUUAUAUUGCUGAUCAUAGUAAUCAUCGUAUUGUUGAAUGGAAAUAUGGAGCACAGAAUGGUCAAGUUGUUGCAGGUGGAAAUGGAAAAGGAAACCAAAGUGAUCAAUUGAAUUAUCCAAGAGAUAUGAUUGUUGAUAAAAAGAAUGAUUCUCUUAUCAUUUGUGAUCAAGGAAACAGUCGAGUGGUAAGAUGGUCUCGUCAAAAUGGUACAAAUGGCGAAACAAUCAUUCUUGAUAUUGAUUGCUGUCGUUUAAGAAUGGAUAAGAAUGGAGAUCUUUAUGUCUCUGAUUGGAAGAAGAAUGAAGUGAGACGAUGGAAACAAGGAGAGAGAAAAGGAAUAACAGUAGCAGGUGGAAAUGGAGAAGGAAACCAUCUCAAUCAAUUCGAUUGGCUUACUUAUAUCUUUGUUGAUGAAGACCGUUCAGUUUAUGUAUCGGAUUAUCAUAAUCCUCGUGUGAUGAAAUGGAUGGAUGGUGCAAAAGAAGGUAUUGUUGUUGCUGGUGGAAAUGGUUUUGGGAAUAGUUUAACACAAUUGUCUCGUCCUUAUGGAGUGCUUGUCGAUCAUUUGGGUAAUGUUUAUGUGGCUGACUCCUCCAAUCAUCGAAUAAUGCGUUGGUGUGAAGGAUCUUGCGAAGGUAGUGUUGUUGUUGGUGGAAAUGGAAAAGGAGAACAAUCAAAUCAGCUCAAUUAUCCCACAGGUUUAUCAUUCGAUGCUCAAGGCAACCUCUAUGUUGUCGAUUGUUUAAAUGAUCGAAUACAAAAAUUUGAUAUUGAUUUAAACUAA